GGGGGAAGGUUAACGGAGUGGCGCUGCGAGGAUCGCACAUGGCGGUGGUAAAGAGAAUGUGUGUUUCAGCUUGACUUCUCAACAUGGAGAACAAACAAGUCUCAAAACGCUUAUACGUUGGAGGGCUUAGCCAUACAGUUUCUAAGGCUGAACUGGAAGAAAGAUUUGGCAAGUUUGGGCGUGUUUCGGAUGCAGAGAUUAUUACCAGAAAAGAUGAUCAGGGGAACCCAGUGAAAACUUUUGCUUACAUCAGUGUCAGCAUUUCCGAUACAGAUCUUAAAAAGUGUAUGUCAGUUUUAAAUAAAUCGAAAUGGAAAGGGGGGACACUGCAAAUUGAGUUGGCCAAAGAAAGCUUUUUGCACAGGCUCGCUGUAGAGAGAGAGGAAGCAAAGCUGCAGAAGGAAAAGCCACAGAGAAAUGACGAAACGUGUCUGUUGGAAUCACUGAAAAAGGCUGGAAUUGUAGACUUUCAUAUGAAAGCAGUACCAGGUACAGAGGUGCCAGACCAUAAGAAAUGGGUUGUUGGUAAAUUCGGCAGAGUCUUGCCUAUCCUGCACCUUAGGAGUCAACAAAAAAAUAAAAUUGUGAAAUACGACCCAUCAAAAUAUUGCCAUAACCUUAGAAAGCUGGAACUAGACUUGACACAUGCGGUUCCUAUAUCUGAGCUUACUUGGCACUUGGAAGGGACAGAAGACAGCAUAAACAAGAAGCGGCAAGGAGAGUUCCCUGUAACUAAAAAAACACCUAAAAAACUGAGGCCACUGGGCAGUAAGGCUCUGAAUGGAGCAGUAGCGCUCUCUUCUGGGUCCCAGUCACAUUCAAAAAAGACAAGCUCCUCACCUCAACUAGAUCAAGGAUCAAAAUCCAAAGCCAGUGAGAAGUCUAAAUUGCCUCCAUCAAGCGGUCUUAAUAGUACAGUAUCAGGGAGAGGUUUAUUAUCAGAUAAAAUGAAUGUUUCUGGAGUUACAGCUCAAAAUAAUAUGAGUAUUUCUGAUAGUGAUAUUGAUUCUGAAGAGGAAAUCAGAGCAAUGGUAGAGAGAGAGAGUGAAAUACAGAAAGCCGAAAACGUUGAGAUUGAAAGUGACGACUUAGAAAUUGUUGGGGAUAAUUUUGAAUUAAAAUACAAUAGUCACUGGUCCUUAAGCAGUCCAGGUGCCAUGAAGAAAGCUAUCAAAGGAAGUUAUAGAGAGAAAGAGACUAUGGAAUGCAAUAAUGUUUAUGAUUCAGCAGAUAGAGAUGAAAUUAUUGCUGAAAGUAAAAUUCCAGAUCUAAGCAGCAGGAAAACUGCAAUUUUAGAAGAUUCUAAACAGGUGAAGGUGGAAAAUAAAGAAAUAUUAAAUAACAAAAAAUGUGAUUUGGUAAAUGACUCCUCACUGAAAACUCACAAGUUAAAAGAAAAAUACACUGAAAGAAAAGAGAAAAUGAAAAAAUUCAAAAUUGCUGCCUUGCAGAGUAGAGCAGCUAGCAGCACAACAGAGACAAGUGAUAGUGAAAGCUCUUGUUCAGAUCCUGAGAAAGGGGAGUCUGAAAUCAGUUCUGAUUAUGAAUCCAUGAUGCAAAACUGUUACCGCUUAGACCUUACUUUAGAUGACUUAAAAGCAUUAGCUACUGAAAACUCUGGGACAACAGAAGAAGAAUCAGACAGUACACAGAGUUCUAAUCAGUGCAGUGUUGAAGAAAAUCCUAAGGGUAAUGUAAAUAAAACAACACUUUCUAAAUUUCACCCUGCAGUUAAAAAAAAAUGUAUCUGUCCUGAAGAUGUACUUGCUGCAAUUUUAGCAGGGGAGGAGAAUGAAGAAAUCUCCAAGGGACAAAAUAAUUUACAUUUGAAAUACCAGCCCUUCAGAGGAAUGGGGUCCCUUUGUGAAAAAGAAUUAACCAAGGACAGCACUAGUUUAAAGAAGAGGUCUGUAGAAAGUUUAGGUGUUGAAGCUUGUAUUUCUUGCUGUGGGGAGGAGUCAUCUAAAAGACAGUCUAAGAACCAUCCGUUGCAUUCACUUGAAGUCAGCAGCAAAGACAGACAAAAUACGCAUUGUGAACAGCAUGAGGAAUUGUCAGAUGCUGCCUCCUUAGAAGAUGAGAGAGAUCAGCCUGUUUCCAGGUCACAUUUACAAGGAAAGAACAAAGAUGUGAGUUCUUUGCAAAAAGACCGAAAUUCAGAGCAUGGAGAUGCUGCCCCUUGUAGUGAUCAAAGUGAAGCUGAGGGCAGCGACAUGGAGAGUAAUGCUGCAGUGUCACAGAAAAGAGUUAAACGACAAUUGAAAAGCCCAAAACUGCUUUCAAAAAAAUUGAAGAGGGAUGUAAGGAAUAAAAAUCCAGAAAGUGAAGGUAAUAAAUGUCAGAAUGGGAGGACAAGCCUUCUGGAAAACAAGGAGCUUCGUCUUCAUGCUGCUGCCUCAAAGGAACCUAACACAGAAAAGAAAGAGUUGCUGGAUAACCAGAGGAGACUGGCAGCUCUAGAAGAGAGACAGAGAGAGAGAGAAUUACAGAAGAAACUCAUUCAAGGCGCUCUUUCAAAUCUGGAUAGCCAGCCAGCAGGCAAGCAUAAACACAUCAUAUUCGAUUCAGAUGUGGAAAGUGAAGCUGAAGUAGAUGAGGUGUUGAAGAAAGAUACAAGUUUGGGAAAUACGCAUGAAAAAGAUGAAUCUGCUUCUAAAACUUUGAGCAGACUGUUUGAAAGCAGUGAGGAUGAGCAAGGUGACACAGACGAUGAGAGAUUCAAAAUUAAGCCUCAGUUUGAAGGCAAAGCUGGUGAAAGACUCUUGAAAUUGCAAUCACGAUUUGGCACAGAUGAAAGAUUUCGCAUGGAUGCUCGAUUCCUUGAAAGUGACGGUGAAGAAGAAGAGACAAACAUCUUGAAGGCAGAUGAGGAAGAAGAGCUUGCUGCGGAGAAAAAGAAAAACCUGCAAAUACUGGGAAGCCUCUUGAAUAUCAACCUUGAACACCCUAAGACAACUAAAACGGCCACAAACGCUAAGAAAUUCAAAGAUAUUAAUGCCCUCCGCUAUGAUCCCACAAGACAGGACCAUGCAGUUUUUGAAAGGAAAACAAGUGCUACAGAAAAAGAGAGUAAAGCUCAAAGGAAGAAGAAGAGGGAAGAGCGUGAGAAAGUGCCUGAAGUGUCUCAAGAAAUGUAUUAUGAGAUUGCUGUUGAUUUAAAAGAGUUGUUUGGGUCUUCAAAGAGCAAAGCACAAAAAAAUGAAGAAAUACCCUGGGACAAAGAUGAGGCGGAGGACUCUACCCGACCUGACCAUUUGGGACCAAACGCUGGGAGUAAUGGAGCUCAGGAGUCCAGUGGUUUCAGGUUUUCCUUCUUUGGAGACACGGAGGAGUCGGGCAGAAAAGAAGAGCCCUAUGUACUUGAAGUAAUAAAACCUGUAAAAGCCACAUGGCAAGAAGAUCCACGUUUCCAAGACAGCAGUUCUGAGGGCGAAGAUGAACCAGAGGCACCAGAAAGUGAAAGGGACAAAGAAAUGUUUUUCUCUUUACCACAGACAGAAAGUGCUAGGUUUUUCUUCUUCUCCAAAGGCGACGAACGACUAAGAGAGGGCCCUAAGUUAUUUUGUAGAUCAGUAGAGCUCAGUGAAGAAAAAGAUGGCUGGGAGGACAGACGUAGAUUAUUGCUUGAGGAAUGCCGGAAGAAGCAUAAGGAUGCAAGAAGGAAAGUGAAAGCAAAACAAUAAAUCUUUCUUACCUUACUGGUCAGCAACGUUCCAUGUUUCUUCUUUGAAGAAGCUGCAGAAAAACAUCCUUUGAAAAUUCUAGGAAGUAAUAUUGGAAAAGACUGUUAAACUUUUUUUAAAUAAGUACAUGUUUAUUGUGACAAUUCAGUGUUUGUACCAAGGCUUGGUAUUUUUUUGUCUACAUGGUUUAAAUGUGACUUGCUACUUUGCAAGAUUUUUGAGAAUUUGAUCAUGUUACAAAGAUAACACAGGGUUAUUUUGCUGAGUUCUCAGGUCCUAGUGCUGAAGGAGGGUGAGAAAGAGCAGUCUCUGUGAAAGAGUAGCUCCAUGUCUCUAAGACUAUGUAGCAUGUAUCCUGCCAAACAUAAGAGAGAUCCUGUUUGAGAUGCCUUUACAAAUAUUUGGAAUGCGUUGUUUCCAGAGUAAAACUUUAUCAGAUUAAUUAACGUGCUCUCGGCGCUCAUCAGGGCGAUGAGCACUGACCGCUCUCAGCCGGCUUUAGGCCAGCCGGGCACCGCAACCACUGACUGGGCUGCGGGGCUUCCAGCUCUCGGCCCUGCCCGCACUCGCAGCCCAGGCAGCGUCAGCCAGCGCCUCUGCCCCAAAAACCUGUGGAACAGGGACUUUCCCCCCAGGACAAGCCCCAGGGAUGCUGCAUCACUGCGUGCAGAGCACCAGGGCUGGGGGGCUGACAGCAGUGAGUCUGACAGGGACCACAAAAUAAAAAUUGGCGAUUUUUUUUUGCUUAAAAGUCCUAGACUGAAGGCUCCAUGGAACAAUGCAGACUGAGCCACAGAAAAACAUGCCAUACAGAGUCAAACAAUAA